AUGUCGGGUGCUCUGAGAGUCGUGCCUGACCUUUCUCCAAGCUCUGUUGCAGUCAUCCAAGCACAUCGCAAUAGUCAUGGUCAGGUAGUUAGGCUCUCAGCCAUUGAUCAGAUCGCACCCAGAGACUAUAUAUCAACUUGUCUCUUCUUUCGACACAGCCCCAAUGCAGACAAGCAGCAGGUCUUUCUUGCUCUGCAUAGAGCUCUUUUGGUGACCGUAAACGACAUUCCUGAGCUUACAUGCUGUGUGCAAAGGCGUGUUGACAGCACUCGAGAAGAGGUUGAGCUUGUCUUUGACUCUGCCAGAGGCGUUGAGAUUUACUAUAAAGACUACAAUUCUACUCAGCUGUGUGGUCUAUGGACCUACGGCAAUUUUGACCAGCUUGAGGAGGAGCAUUUUCCACAUAGCAAAAUACCCAGGAGCCUUGUUUUUGGACCUUCAGUAAAGCUAAAAGACAAUGUCAAGCUUCCUUCUCUUAUCGUGCAAGCCAGCUUCAUCCCUGGGGGUCUCAUUAUUGGGAGUCAGUUGCAUCAUGUUGCUGGAGACGGCCAAUGCAACUUCAUGCUUUGGUCCACAAUAGGAGCGCAUUUUGCCGCCGCAACUUGUGAACCAUCCGGCCAACAAAGAUCACCAGUUCAAUUGCUUGACAGACACGACAUCGUCAAGGGCGACCUUAACACAACCCUGAAGGAAUUUCCCCAUUGGAAACUGGCAGAAGACAACGACAGAUUUCUCAAUCCUACGAAAUACGAUUCAGAUGAGGUGUUUGAGAGUGCCACUUAUUUUAUCCCAGCUGAUAAGAUUGCAAUACUCAAAACCCGUACCUUGAGCACUAUGCCUUCUACGACCAAGGUUGGAACCGUCGCUGCGUUAUGUGCGUUCCUAUGGCGUCAUGUAGUUCUGGCCAGAGGCAUUGACUGUCGAAAAUACCCUGAGGCAAAGCUAGCUAUUACAGUGGAUGCGAGAACCCGUAUGAAAAGCCCAGUGAUACCGUCUACAUAUUGGGGCAACUUUGCAGAGCCAAAUGCAGUGGCUCAGUUACCUGUAGCUAGUCUGCAAGAAAACUCAAUUCUCUCAUCAUUAUCGUCACAGCAGUGUACGAGCACCAUCUAUGCUCAGGCUGCACUCAAGGUGCAGAAAGCGAUAGCUGCAGUGGAUGACAAGGCAGUAAGACGACUUGUCGGGCUUUUAAAUCAGAUGCCGAAGAGCACCACUUUGACCUGGAACGCCAACCGCUAUCCGGGUCCAGACAUGCUCAUAGUGUGCAUCCAGCACCAUAAGUAUAACGAUAUCAACUUUGGAAAGGAUAUCGGUUAUCCUCUCGCCACAAGAGUUACUGUUGGAGAUACGGAAGAUAAGCCUGACGGCCGUUGUCUAAUUCUACCACCACGGCGUGCUGAUUCUAGGGGUCUUGAAAUCUUGCUGCAAGAGAAGCAAGGUCUUCACCACAAGGAUUAUAAAAGUGUUGCUACUGCUGGAAAGAAUGGGUGCCGAAUCUGCGGCUACUUAAGCCACACGCUCGCAAGUGAGAAUUCAAAGCCUCUAGAAUAUGAUAUCAGGUGGGAAAACUCAUGGGAGCUUCAUUGGGAAAUUAACUUCUACGAGACUGGCCGCGAGACUCCAGUCGAUGUUGACAAGCCCCCGGUCUACUCACACUGGUGCGUUUUCGUUGAUGUUUCCUCGUCGUCAAAGCCUCCAGCUGGUUACGAGAAGUUUCUUGAUUGUGUAGCUACUGACCGAGACUCGGAGCCUACGCGGGUCCGGACGGAAUUUCCUCCGUUGCGAGAUAUCCCCGAAGAUACGGGCCACCAGGAUGUUGCACAGCUGGCUAAGAGGUGGCUUCAGACCUGUAAGGACUAUCAUGAUUGCAAAUCUGCUUCAGAAAACGGCUGGUAUCCCAAGCGGCUCAUUCAUGUUGGCGAUGAUCAACAGUCUCCAAAGCUGGUCAUUUCGGAGAAUGAGAGACCAGAAGGCAGUUAUGCGGCAUUGAGCCAUUGCUGGGGAGAAGAUCCAAAGUUCUUAAUGUUAAAAUCCGACAAUCUAUUCGACUUUUGCAGAGAAAUACAGCUGCAGACCCUUCCAGCCAGUUUCAGAGAUGCGAUUAUAACCUGCCGUCGAAUUGGUAUUCCCUACAUCUGGAUCGACUCGCUUUGCAUCCUGCAGUCUGGCCUUGGUUCACACGAAGAUUGGCUCUCACAUUCAGAGGACAUGCAUCUUGUUUAUCAGAACUGCGCCCUGAACAUUUCCAUCGAUGUUUCCGAGAACCCCCAUGGAGGUGCUUUCAGGUCGAGGAAUCCGACCUAUCUACAAGACUGUUAUGUCUGGAGUCCGUUCUACGCACCGCCCUAUAGUUCAAGCCGGAACGAGCACGAUACAGGUGAUGGCAUAGAAAAACCGGAUCUCUGGAACAUCUGUGCCAUAUUUACUGCCGAUGACUUCUCUUGGGCAAGAGUAGAUCUCCCUCUUAGCAACAGGGCAUGGGUAUUCCAAGAACGACUCCUUUCACCGAGGACCUUACAUUUUGGUUCAGACCGCAUUUCAUGGGAGUGCGGCAGAAGCAACAAUCUCACCGAAUAUCUACCAGAAGGUGUAAGCGACGAUAGAUGGCACGGUUUUGAUUGCUUGGCCCAAAAUGCAUUCAGUGUUCGUGAAAAGGCAGAUCUCUUCACAUAUUACUACGACCUUGUGUUUCCGUACACGAACCGUCAACUCAGUCAUCCAAAUGAAGAUAAGCUUGUUGCUUUCGCCGCCGUCGCCCGACGCUGUAUCUCAUGGUUCGGCAGUGACUACUGCGCUGGACUCUUUCGCAGUACCAUGCCACAUUGCCUUCUUUGGGAGAUGUCUACAGGUGGGCAGUUAGGGAGAUCGAAGGCUUACCGCGCACCGUCUUGGAGUUGGGCUAGCUUGGAUUGCCGGGUGAGAUUCGAUCUCUUGACGAACGAAGGAACUGUUCUAGCUAAUGUAGUCGACGUUGCGGUGGAGUUGGUUGACCCAAACAACCAAUUCGGUCAAGUAAAGUCUGCCUCUUUGACAUUGAAUGGGCCUCUAGUGGCGUCUGAUGAACUCAUCCUUAAGGACCCCAGCAAUGAAGAGUUCGUGGCUGAAGGUAGACCUGGUCGUGACCGCUAUCAAGACAUAAAAACUCUACAAGGGCACACCUUCGGUAUCAGCGCCGAUACUGAGGACUUGUGGGACGAAGGUGAAAGGAAGGCUUGGCUGAUAUCCCAACAGAACAUGUAUCUAUUGGCAGUUCUGGAGACGCCCGACAAGCCUCAUACGCAUGGUCUUCUGGUGCAGAAGAAUGAUGAUGGGACUUUCACUAGAGCUGGAUACUGGGAGGCAGGGCCGGAAUUUGUGUCGAAGCAUGCAGAUACGACAUGCUAUGACAUAGCAGAGUUGACAUGCUGA